AUGGUCUGGUUGCUAUGGUUUUUGUGACGUUCAGCGUGUAGGGACGCACGUGCGCCUAGAAUGUCGAUGCCCAAGUUAUAACCUUUGAUGUCCCGAGAUGUGCGUCCUUUUGUUGAAUUACCUUGCGCUGAUGAAGGUUCCCUGAUUGGACCGACCAAUCAGCAUCGCCUAAUGCUGUCGGCGAUAGAGUAUAAUCAGGCUUAAGUAAUGGAGUGGAAGACCAAGAUGUUGUUUAAUGGUGUUCCUUUAUAAUUAGGUUAUAAUGAGCACUUAUGUAUACUUAUACAUAAUCACUAUAUCCGUAAUAAUGUUAAUUAUAGGCCUACAUCGGACCAGUAAUGAUAUCAAUAUGUUUUAAUGUUGUACAAAUGACAGAGACGUCAGUAAUUAUAGAAUCAAUUUAACUGAACGUAUAAAAUCAUAACAAAGACUCACAAACAACUGAUUUCAUUGUCUUUUAUUGCAUUAUGAUUCACUGGCUGGCUCAAAUAAGUAAAUAUAUUUGCUACCAAACAUUUUUAUAGCAGAAUGACGUCAUUCUGCUAAACCUAUGGAAGCAUUAAUAUUUUUUUUGCACUUUCAUUUUGUUAAUAGAAUAAACAUUUUAUACAUUUUCGGACUUCUUUUUCUAAUAACGUUAUCAGUAUCUUAUGACCAUGUGAAUCGUCGUUUGAAAAAGAAAUAUAUAAAAAAAAAAUUCUAUGGUAAAAAAAUUAUGAUUAAUAUUAAAACAAGGUAAAUGGAAUAGUAAAUGUAGAUUUAGUUACUGAAUAACUGAAUAAAAAAAUAACUGAAUCCUUUUUGGAAAUGUAUAUGAUUACAUCUAUAAAGAGUAUUCAACCUCUAAUUUGGAAGUACUUUUACGGUGAUUUUUUACAAAGACAAAGUUAUAUACUAUUGAACAAGAAAUUGAUGACUUCUAAAAAGUAAAGUAUUAGGAAAAACAUUAAUAACACUUAAUGACAUGAUAUAUUAAGAAUGAGAGACGUUCGUGAUUAUCAUGAUGGUGAUGUUUCUGAAGCUAUUUUAAUUCUUGCUUAUGUUCAGUCACCCAAAACAAGGCCAAGACAACUCAAGGUUACGAUAGUUGAAAAUAAAACGGUUGACACGAAAUUAAAUAUUUUAGUACAGUAUACAUUAAGUACCCAAAUUAUAUAAUUUAAGCACUUAAUGUAUUGUAUACGUUAUACCAUAAACGGUUUACAAUAGCGAUAUCAUUGUUUUAAUUGAAAAAAAAUUGAAGUUUAUAUAUUGAAACAACUAAUUAUGGUUAAUUAUUGACCAUUAAUAAGAAAUAGGCCUACAGUAGUUAAUAGUUACAAUGUGGACAUAAAUAAUCACUAAGUCGAUAGCCGAAUCCAAAAUAAUUUGUUGCAUUAACAUUUGUAGUCCUUUAUUUAUAAAUCGUUCUUUCGAUUCGGAAGAUGUUCAAAUGUACAUCAGAAGAAGCCAGUAAAAAACUUAAAUUGUUCUGUAGACUUUAUAUGUUUAAAGAAUAAAUUGCGCAGACAUUUUCUAAACGAGGAGAACAAUAACGUAAGUACCAAACAUUUAGUUAGUAUGGUUGCAUAUUACUAAUCCUUGCUGCGGAGUUCAUGAGGAAAAGGCGUAUCACUUUGAUCGCGUGUGUGCUUUAAACUGAGUUUUAAAAUCAUAAACUACUUGAUUUUGAAUUUACUCAUAUGCACAUGAUACACUAUUUUGGUUGUAUAUUUUUUUACAAUGUAUUGUGAUUAUAGUAUUAUAAUGUCCUGAGCGCGGUGCGUUUUGCGCUGUGCUUGGUAGGCCUACGUACGUUGUGCAUCUUAAUAUAUUCGAAAAGUUUGUUCUUAAUCUAUUGACAUUUAUGUUGAAUUGACCACAUGAGCGGUUGAAAUACCUGUUAAUGAAGUUAAUUAAGUCUAUCCUAUUUUUAUUUUUUAACGAUAGAUUUGAAAUGUAAUUAUUAUAUAUUACUUAUUAGGCCAACAUUUUCCAUCGGAUUUUGUAGAAGGCAUUAAAUAUGUAACGAAACGAAUGAAAAAAUAUUUAAAAAUUAGUGAAAGAGCUUUGUAGAUUUUAAUAUAGACUUUUCGUCUUUAUAACCCAUACUGAUCCUUAGCCGGCCCUGCACUCCUCUAGAAUGGAAGCGAUAAACGGAAGUGAAACGUCAACGUUGUACUCAGAGAUAAAGAAUGAUUCAAUAGACGAUCAAUCUUGGUCUAUAGAAGUUCUGCAAUUUGAAGUUCCCUUCUUGUUGGCCGUCAUAUUUAUAGCAACUAUUGGCAACAUCCUUGUCAUCGUCAUCUACUCGAAAAAAGCUCUUCGAAAAUCUAAUGCAGCGCUUUAUGUUUUCAACUUAGCAAUAGGGGAUCUAUUCGCUGUUGGAGUGGCGGUGUUUCAUGUCACUGAGUUCUACCCAUCGACCUGGCCAAUUCUAUGGCGAUACAAUGCACAAUGUAUACUUCACCGUUGGUGUCGCUACACAGCCUUUAACAUCACCGUAUUCUUGAUGGUUGCUAUAGCAGUGGAUCGGUAUUACGCAGUGUGUCAACCAAUCAAGUUCAAGACAAACUGUACGCUAAGGAGGACUAAACGAAUCAUAGGGAUUUUGUGGUUUUUAGCCAUCUUGUCUACAGCACUCCAAUCAUACAACUUUCAGGUCGAGUACAACAAAUUAAAUGUAUUUCGUGGCUAUGCUGGUAGGUCUAAAUUUGCUUGCAGGUUGGGCAAGCUACCAGCUAAGUGGUUUAUAUACGUCAAGACCACUUAUGCCAAUGUGUUGCUAUUCUAUGUACCGGUCACCGUCACGGGUCUCAUCUACGUCAUUAUCAUCGCCACCGUUUGGAAGAGAAAACACGGCAUCUUUAAACAUUCCACGUCACGUGAUAUUAAUAUGCACGUACGCACAGCGUGUACUCUCUGCAUCGUUUUUGUGGCGUAUGUUAGCUGUUACACAUUUUAUGGGACAUUCAACCUGUUGCUGGCGUCUCCGAAGCAUCGCAAACUGAAACCUCUAGUAAAAAAUAUAGGUCUUAUGAUGCCGUUCUUUAAUUCUUGUCUAAAUCCGUUGAUUUACUCGUUUUUUAACUCUACAUUCCGUAAUCACCUUCUUAAAAUGUUUUGCAAGAGAAAAUGCCAUGGACAUCAAACUAGGAAACGCAAGCCUGACAAUAAACACAAUCCUAGACUUGCACACUAGCAAUGCGACCUAUGAGGGAAGUAAACAAAAUGAUACUUCUGCUCUUGAUAGCAGCUGUAUAGAAUUGAGCGUAAGAUCCAAUGAUGUUGUAUUUUCAGGGAUUAAAGUCCCAAACCAGAACGAGUGUCACACUCGUGAAUCACAUAGCAUUCCCUACUGACAACAAGGUCGGUGUGGGUAACAUAGGCCUACAACAAUAGCCCUAUGGCUUCUUUCAAAUGAUGUUGUCGUACACAAAAGAUACCGCUAAAAAAAUGAUAUCAAUGCUAUCAUAAUUAUUGAAAUAUUUAAAAGUAAUAUUAAUUUUAAAAUAUCCUAGUAAUUAUUCCACUAAUAAAACUAAACCUAAUAUCCUCCUCUCUAUAAUUUAGCUUACGCAAAUAGCUUGUGUUGAACUCAGCAGCCGGUAUUCUUGUUGCGAAUGUGUGAGAAAUAUCAAGUUACUAUAGCAAUCAUAGUCAUAGUGGUAAACCCAUACAUUUUUAUAUCAAAAUGUAAUUCUGUCGACCAUCAAAUACAGGUUUAAAUGAAUCUGUGAAAUGUACAACCAGAAGAAUAUUUUUGAAGUACUUUGGCAUUAAGAUUGUUGAAGCAUGUGAAGUUAUUUCUUAAUAAGCCAGAUGUUAUUAUAUGUAUUUUUUAAAUAUUUUUUUUAGCUGUUUAGCUAUUGCUUGUAUGAUUGUUUUGCUUUGUCUCUUUUAUAUUGUCUUGUUGAAUAGUGAAUGAAUAAUAGAAAAAGAAAAGUUACUAUAAUUAUUAAUUAUAUUUCGUCUUGUGGAUUGGUAAUUGUUGGUAUUAUAAGAUAUAACCUUUGCUCGAUUUAUGUAUUAGGAAAACAUGAGUUAGUUAAUUAAUAUUAUUGUUAAGUGUGUUAAUUAUAACAAUAUCUUGGCAAAUUGUAUUAGAAUUGCUAUCUAUUCAAUUUUAUAGUAGAAUGUAUAUUAUUUAUCAGUGGAGGAGCGGGGAGUGUAUUCCAGUAUUAGGAUAAUACCUUCAAAUUAAAUUUUUUUAAAUGUUUGUUAUGCUCUCCCUAACACGAAAAAGUAACUAAAGCAGCGAUAUUUAGCAUUAUUACACGGAUUUUACAUUAAAAACGACCGCCCUUACAAACGGUAUUAGUCUAAUAUCUAAUGGCUAUCUUUACGAUGUUGAAAGGUUCUUCUGCUACAUGACCCUCAUAAUUAUGUUUAUAGUCAAUUAAGGUAACAAGAGGUACCAAGAAUAUGGUUCGCUUAACGUCAUUGUAUGAUUUCUUUAUUUGAAAUCACUUAUUCCUAACCAUAAAUCGUAGUCCAAGCUCUUUCUUAAUAAGCUCUCAUCUUUGGUUUGUGCAUUUUUUAAGCUAAAACGGCAUUCAUGCCAUUCAUAUUCGGUGAUUAUAUGAUUACUAGAGAUUUGAAAUAAUUUGCAUGCACUGCUAUCAAUAUCAUUAAUGUGCUUGCGUCACUUUGAAUCAUUAGAUUAGCAAACACCAAUCAGCGUUUAGAGAGCUAACUACUCCGACCUAUCAAUGCCAAUCUUACAAUAUUAGGUCAUUUAAAUAGAUGUUAAUCAAUAUGGAGCUCUCGAUUGCACGACGAUGGUAGGACAUAGAACUAAAUGACAUACCUAAAGUUAUCUGCGCAUGCAAGAACGUUAAAGCGUGUAUUCUAGGACGCAAUUUGGCCAAAUCUCGUAUGCAGAUAACGUAGGAGUGAUUCCGUUUUAGCGUCGCGUCGUCGAACAAAUCGAAAGCUCCCUGUGUUUAAAGUGCUUGUGUCACUUUAAAUCCUUAUAUCCAAACACCUACUUCGACCUCAACGUUGUAAAUCUGAAGUGAUUGAAAGUUUAUGUGACAAAUAUGUGAUAUGCCCAUAUUCGUCUGUAAUAGAUA